CAUAUCAAAAUUCAUAUUCCUUUCAUCUUAAUGACAUAUUUCUAUCUAUAUUACAAAUUAAAAAACCUUCAUUAAUAUCAUCACUGCGAGCUGCGAGCUGCGAGCUGCAACUCCAACUUCAGCUUCUGAUUUGGAUUCCAUUUCUGAAUUUUUUUGUCCAUGUCAACGACGACGUCGUCGUCGUCGUUUCUUAAUGGCGAGAGAGCCGUUGUGCUAUUCUUCAUCGCUCAUAUACUCUUCUCUCUCCCUUUCUCUCUCUUACUCUCCCAUGGCGUCCCUCUUUCUCUCCUCGCCCUCGCAGCCUCCUUCAUUGAGAUCAGCUACGACGCUGCCGCUUCUUCCUCUUCCCUCUUCCGCACCAGACGCGGUGCUUCUUCCGGAAUCCUCCUCGGCGCCGUGACUCUCCCUGCUCUUCUACUCUCCAAGUUGACGCAAUUAUCAAGAGGAUUCUCGUUGGCACAAGUUAGUCUUCAAGAGAUUCACUAUAUGACAUUGCAAUACUGGGCAACAUCUGCCACCAGCUUCGUGGUGCUCGUGUUCCUCAGUUUGUUUCUGUUGCACCGCACUCCUCUUUCGCGUAAGGAUUGGGGUUUAGGGUUUGGCUUGUGCUUCUUGUUCUUGCAAGCUUCGCUGUGCUUUCUGGCACUUGCUUCUACCUCCUCCCAAAGUGGUUUGCAACUUACAUUCAAGCUGUCAUGGGUCCUUGGUCAUGGAUUGGCAGCAGUGAUGCUAAUUCAGCAUUUUCUUGGAACUUUUCCAUCUUGUGCUUCCAUUGGGGAAGCACUUUUGGUGACAGCUGGUAUUGUUCUCUAUUUUGGUGACAUGCUGUUGCUUACUGUUAUGAGGCUAUGUGGACUACUGAUGUCAUCAGAUUUGGUCACUGCAGAGUUUGAAACUAGUCGAAGUGAGAUAGGCAUUAUAAUUCAGGGACUGCUGCUUGGCCUUCUGCUAUAUCCAAUACCUUUCAAAUAUAUUCUUCGUGUAUGGGAAUGGUCCACAAAUACAGCUUCUGCUGAGUCAAGAAGAUACAGUGAGAUUAGGAGAUCAGUUAUUUUCAUUUCUCUCUUUGUAUUGGUCAUGGUUGGGAUUGUACCACUAUGGAUGCAGUUUGUGCAUGAAUUUCAUCUGCAUCCUAUUCUCUGGGUACUAUCGUUUGUUUUAUCAGAUUCAUUCAAAAGACUAUCAUUGUGUAUCUAUUGGGUUUGUGUAAUAUGUCUUUCUGUGUUAUAUGUUUAUGACAUCUCCAAGAACAGUAGGGUUGAGAGAAUUCUUCUGCGGAAAUACUACCAUCUAUUGGCUGUCUUGAUGUUUGUACCUGCUCUUAUCUUACAGCCAGAGUUUCUUGAUCUGGGCUUUGGUGCUGCUCUGGCAGUUUUCUUGACAUUAGAAAUUAUUCGAAUAUGGAGAAUCUGGCCUUUGGGACAACCAAUCCAUCAGUUUAUGAAUGCAUUCACUGAUCACCGGGAUUCUGAUUUUCUAAUUGUCAGCCACUUCUCACUUUUACUGGGAUGUGCACUUCCUAUUUGGUUGUCUUCUGGUUACAAUGAUCGACCCCUUGCUCCUUUUGCGGGAAUAUUGAGUCUAGGAAUUGGAGAUACAAUGGCAUCAUUAAUUGGGCACAAGUAUGGUGUUCUAAGGUGGAGUAAAACUGGGAAGAAAACAAUUGAAGGUACUGCAGCUGGUAUCACGUCUGUUCUAGCUUCUUGCUGGUUACUCCUUCUGUUGUUAGCAUCAAGUGGAUACAUUUUCACCCAGCAUUGGUUCUCGCUGCUUCUAUCUGUGACUGUUAGUGGUUUGUUGGAGGCAUACACAGCACAACUUGACAAUGCAUUCAUACCACUAUUUUUCUAUAGCCUUCUAUGCUUGUAGAUGCUGCAGCUUAUUCCUUCCAAAAAAUACAAGUUUAUCUUGUAUGAGCGGUAUUCACUAUUCAGCAGAAGUCUUGAUGAUUUUUCAGCAUAUGCUUGCUUUCGCAUAUUCUUUUUGUAGAUAACUGUUAACCAAAUGCUGACAGCAGUGACAAUAAUUUUUUGAGAGUUAGGGAUGGUAUACAUAACCAACAUAGGAUUGUUGUAUCUCUCCACAGAAAUGAUAGUCAUGGGAAUAGUGUUUAUAAAAGGGGUGAUGCCCUACAUGGUAGCAUGCUAUUUAUAGGAGUCACAAUUUUUCAUUUUUGAUAGCCACGAUGAAGAGUGUGGAAAACAGUUGAAUGUCAAAUGAGCUUUAAUUUUCAUUCUUUCAAUUUUCUCACAGGCAUGGCACAGAUUAGGCGAGAGGGAGAGUGUGUGUACUUGUUGAGAAUAUGGAUAAUAAAAUUGAAAAUUGCUAUCAUAUAUCCUCAUGUUUUUGGAUCCCUAACCCUAUUUAUAAUAUGAU